UUUACAGUAUUGACCCAUGUUAUUAUCUAAAAGAUAAGCUGACAAGGCUCCACCACCAGAGUGUGUCGAUAACGAUUAGUAACAUGUAGGUAACUACUAUAGUGUGCUGUGGAAUUAAUUUAUUAUUAGUUAGUGUUACAAAGAUAAAUUAAGUGAAAAGAUAUAUUCUCAAAUAUGGAAAAGGCAAUAAUAUUUACAUCAGUCUCUCUAAUCCUCUUUUCUUUGUUUAGUUUAGGUAGUUCCGUACUUAACUGUUACCAGUGUAAUUCCGGUACUAAUCCUGAGUGUGCAGAUCUUAAAGUUAAUGAUACAAAUAGUACAUUUUACUUGCCAUGUGAUGAAGACUACCAUGGGAAUAAACCGUUUUGCAGAAUUUACGUCACAAACAUUCAGCACGUAAAAGAUCCAAAGGACGCAAUCAGAAUUUACAGAAGCUGUGGCUGGGAAAACUCCAAAGGCAUCACCAAAGACCUCUGCAGACACGACGACAGUGACUUUGUGAAGAAAGAAUUAUGCAUGUGCUUCAAAGAUGGCUGCAAUUCCGGGCGACAGAUACAUUCUUCAUAUAUUUUAACAAUCCUACUGAUAGUCUUUGUAUACUUUCGUAACUACUUUAUUUAGGAUCAAAUAAAUGUUAUAUAUCUGUU